GGUCCGCUCCUCCCGUGUGGGAGCUCCUGGGGCGGGUGGCUCGUUUGGAUGCUGUCGUCGCACGUUUAAUGCUCAGCCCGAGGCAGCUCUGUGAGGGAACUGUCGUGGAACUUCACUCGGCCCUUUAAAGAGGCCGAGUUAACUUUGGAGUUGUGUGCUGCAACGCUGGAGGCCAGUUUGCCCUCGCAGUUUGGGUUCUACGUUGUGUUCUGAGGGAGGCAGAGUUGGUGGGUUGGUUGGGAUAAAGUUUUGUAUAGCCAGUGACGUAAGUUGAGUCCAAAGCUCAGUGUGUGCGCCCAGAUGUUAUUUGGGUUGUGCUGCAGAGUUUUUGUGGGACAAAGGCUAAUCCCCCAGAACACAAACCUCAGUGACAGCUUGGUUGGAAAACAGCAGUGGGGUUUUUGCAGAUCAUGUUUCAUCAUAUCCUGAGAGCAGUGUAAAGGAAGAACUGAAGAGAAAACAAGCAAUGAAAAUACUGGUGAUUGGCCUUGGAGGAGUUACAAAUGGAGGAAAAACAACAUUAGCAGAAAAGCUUAAGAAACUGCUUCCAAACUGUGAUACAAUCUCUCAGGAUGACUUCUUUAAGCCAGAGUCUGAAGUAGAAACAGAUGAGCGUGGAUUUAAGCUGUAUGAUGUACUUGAUGCCCUCUAUAUGGAUGAAAUGGUGAAAAGUAUUCACAAUUGGAUGAAAAGCCAUACAAGCUCUGGUGUUGUGACUGAAAAACCGAUGGACACAUCUAACAGUCUAAAGACGACAGAAGAUGUUUAUAUUUUGAUUGUUGAAGGCUUUCUGCUGUAUAAUUAUGAGCCGCUCAAUGAACUUUGGAAUAGAAGAUAUUUUGUGACCCUUCCUUAUGAAGAGUGUAAAAGGAGAAGGAACACCAGAGUCUAUCAGCCAGCAGAUACACCCGGGUACUUCGAUGGACACGUGUGGCCUAUGUACCUGAAAUAUAAAAAUGAAAUGGAAGAAAGUGCAAGUAACAUUGUUUAUUUAGAUGGAACUAAAUCCCAAGAAGAGCUUUUAUCCUGUGUGUAUAAUGAUAUAAUACAGGAAUUAAAAAAGCUUAGAGAAGGAAAUCAGCAGGUCACAGCAUGAUGAAGCAAAAUGCUUCUAUUUGGUCUGAUAUAAACUGAAAGCCCCAGGACUGUGGUAGUUGGCAAGACAACAAACAGGGCAGAUGCCCAUGUUUAUGCCCAUGUUUAUGUUCAUACAACACACGUGGAUUUGUAGCUAAGGCAUUAGCUCUGCAAACCUCAGAUGCUGAGUGCCAACAAUGUAUUUAUUCCUUAGAAUUCCUUCCACUAGUUGUGUUUUAACUGAUUGUUAUAUGUGAUUAAGUGUGUAUAUUGGAAAGAAUAUAUUUUUGUACACAAUACUAAACUGUAAAGAUGCAAUUCUGCUGGACCAAUAAGCAUAUUUGAAAAUUGACUAAUGCAAUUUGAAAUGUUAAUGAAGUACUUGGGAAUUACAAUGAUAAAAAGCUAUGAAAUAUGUUAGAGGUAAUCACUGAUUAACCUGGUUAGAGGAAAUAGCUACAAGCUGUGAAAAUAGUAAUUUUAAGAUUUAAUGAGCAGUCUAACAGCUUAUACCAUAUCUGAAUCUGUUACUGAAUAUAUUGUAGCUGAACACAGAGCUGCUAAAGCCUAUGUAGUAUUUCUCAAGUAAUCUGCAUAUCAGCUCAGAAUGGGUAUUUUAGAGAUAAAGACUGUUGGGAAAAUGUGGAGGAAUAAGAUGCCACAAUGAAGAUGCAUCACUAACAAUAGUAAGUACAUUUAUCAUGAAAAGAUAGAGGAUUAAAAUGGGGUGAAGUGCAAGACAAUAAAAGCAUGUUUCAGAGAAAAGGAUAAAAGAAAUAUUUCUUAUUAAUUACAGAACUCAAGAUGAAAUUUUACUCAUGAAAUUAUUCAGAAAGAAGGCAUACUAAGUGUAUGUUAAAACUAUAUUUCAGGAUUUGUGUGUAUAUAUAUAUAUAUAUUUAGAUGAACUAGGAAAAUAGGAGUCUUAAUCAUCUCAAUUUGCAUGAUGAAUAAGCCCAUACUCUUUCUAUGCAAUCUCUUGCAAUUUUAUCAGCUGGAAUGAAAAAUCUAUCUGCAGACAUGAAAAGCAAAGGAUGGACUAUAUUACUGACUACAAUUCAGCUAAAUUGAUCAUAAUGACUGAAACCUAUUACUUUACUGUUAGUAGUAUUGAAGUGUGUUAAAACUCUGAAUAAGAAACACCCUCAAGGGAGCGAUGUAAAUUUGUGUCUAAAAUAAAGAACUUCCAGAUACUAUUUUGUACUGCUGAUCUGCAAUAAAAACACUUCACGUCCCUUUCA